AGACCACCGAAUCGAAGUUUCUUUUUUGUUUCUUUUUCCUUUUCCCCUUUCCCCCUUUCCGCACGUAGGUGAUUAACACCAACUCCCACCACACCAACUCCCACACACUUGUACCCAACACACCUCCGACACCACCAUGAAGGGCGUAGCUCGCACACUAGGGGCCCUGUGCUUCCUGGCAACAGCACAACCAGGCCUCUCGUUCGGCACCAUCAACUCCGCCGGCCAACACGCCGAGCACGAGCAUAUCACGCGCGACGCGCUGGGGUGCGCGCCCGGCGUCAAGUCGACGGGCGAUUGCUUCGAGAAGCUGUCGAUCCUCAACUUGGCGGGCGGCCCGAGCACGGCGGGCGGCGUGGGCGCGCCCGACUCGGACGAAGUGUUCAACUCGGCCGCGCACUGCGACGACGCCGACUUCCUCGACCACGCAAAAUGGGGCCUCCCCGGCACGUAUCCGCGGACGCGCGCGCAGGCCACGGGCGCGCUGAUGGACUGCGUGGCGCACCUGGGCGGGCGCUUCAUCGACGGCAUCGCGGCCUCGGCGCGCCUGCUCGACAGCAAGGACGCCGUCGUCAAGAAGGAGAGCGACCUCGGCUCCAGCACGUGCACCUUCUUCUCGGGCGCGGGGGGCCGCGCAAAGUGCGAGGCGCUGGAGGGCUUCGGGCGCGCGCUGCACGGCGUGCAGGACUUUUACUCGCACUCCAACUGGGCGGACGUGGCCGACACCAAGGUCAACAUCUCGCGCACCAACCCGCCGGGGCUGUCGCUGCCGGCCUCGUCCUUCAUCCUCGACCUGCGCAGCGCCGCCAGCCCGGCCGGCCUGACGGUGCCUGACGACCUGACGACGGGCUGCUUCAUCUCGUCGCUCGGCGAUCCGCUCGGCGGCGCCAAGGAGUGCGUCAAGCAGGGCCGCAUCACGCACGACACGCUCAACAAGGACAAGGGCAUCAUCCGUGACGACCCGUCGGUGGCGCUGCCGCCCGGCACGCCGCUGACCAGCGGCCCCGGCACGGCGCGCGGGCAGGUCGCGCACAACUUCGAGCAAGCCGUGAUCGGCGCCAUCGGCGAGACGCGGCGGCAGUGGGCCGACUUCCGCGCCGAGCUCGAGGCGCGCUACGGGCCCACCAAGGCCGCACACAUGGUGUGCGCGCUGACGCGCGACGAGCCGUGGAAGGACUGCAGCGGGCGGCAGAUCGCCGUCGUCAUCGACAGCUCCGGAUCCAACCAGGACACGGACCCGGGCAACCUCCGCAUCGCCGCCGGCGCGCAGUUCGUCGCCACGCUGGUGACCAAGGCCAGCGCCGCCGGCUCCGACGCGCAGCUCGACAAGGUCGCCGUCAUCGACUUUGACGACACCGCGCGCGUGGUCUCGCCGCUCGGCGACCCGUCGACAGCCUCGUUCGACGGCAUCGACUCCGAGGGCGGCACGUCGAUCGCGUCGGGCGUCGCGCUGGCCAUUGACACGCUGACGGCGGGCACGGCGGCCGCCGACGUGCGCGACCGCGCCGGCAUCGUGGUGCUGACGGACGGGCAGGACAGCGACACGUCGUCGCUGCUGGCCGCCCUGGACCUGGCCGCGCAGCUGGGCAUCCGCGUGUCGUUUGGCUUCCUGGCGCCGCCAGCGAACCCGGUGCCCGUGGCGCGGCGCCUGCGGCGCAGCCUGCGGGCCGCGAGCCUGCGGCCGCUGUACGAGAAGCGGCAGUUCUCCGGGGUGAGCGACCCGCUCAGCGGCGCCGAGCCCGACGUCGUAGCCGCCAUCCUGCGCACCGGCGGCAUCUUUGGGACCAUCACGUCGGCCGAGGCGCAGCGCCGGUUUGUGGACCUCGUCGUCUCGCACGGCGCCACCAACAUCGACGGCACGCGCCCGGGCGCGACCAACGGCGGCCCGCUGUUUCCGGGCGUCACCGUCGUGGCGCUGCUGGCCGGCAGCGGCAGCAGCCCGUCCAACUUAUCUUCGUCGUCAAACAGCACGCUCCCGGCCCUCAACGGCACAGCUACCACAACAUCUCUGGGCCAGGGCCUGCCCGACACGUACACGUACCGCACCAACGCGACGGGCGAGCACCUCAACUUCACCGUGCAGGCCAUCACGCCAUCCUCUUCCUCCGCAGCAAACCUCACGCUGGCCGUCACGCUGCGCGACGUGCGCGGCAACAAGGACCUCGGCGCGGCGGCCGCCGACAGCGCCAGCGGCGGCGUCGCGAGCAUCGCCUUCGACGCCGGCGCUGCAGGGACAGAUCUGCAGCUCGUCGUGCGGGCGUCGUUUGGCGGCGGCGCCAUCGGGCCUGCCACAACCAACAGCAGCAGCACAGCCGUCCCGCCCGGCCUGGCGCUGCUGUACGCGGUGCGCCUGGACGUGGUCGGCGGCGUAGCAGCGGGCAACGGCACCGGCACCGGCCCGGCGACGAACGGGACUGUUGGCGGUGGUGCGGGUGGGCUGUGUCCGCUGGCUGCGCCCGGCGCGAAUAAUACGGCGUGUUCGGCGCAGGGCGAGCUCAAGUGCUGCGGGUCCGGGUUCUUGACGUGCGAUCACGGUGCGUAUGUGUACCGCGCCUGCGGAGCUGGGACGGUGUGUCGCGCGGCCGGCGCGAGUGUGUUUUGUGACUGGCCGUAGGGAAGUGGUUGGGGACUUGGGGAUGGGAGAUGUUGUGGAUUUGAAGGGAAAUAUGCAUUGACUUGGUCGUUAAGGUAUAUGGUUGGCUUUUAGAAAGGAGUCUUGGCUUGGGGAUAUCAUAUCAUAUCACAUCACGCGGCGUUGGGGUUUGUUUU